AUGCCUCCUCUACAGGGCCACCACGAUGCCAUCCGCUCAUCUCCGCCAUCCAAACGAGCCCUCGGCACCGAUCCCAAUGCCUCCAGUGGCGAUUUCUCCGUUCCCGCGGCCUUUGAUUCUGCCCUAUCCAACAACUUUACCAAUGCCUGUGCAAAGUUUCUAAACAACAUGCGCCAAAACGAGGAUUUCAAAAACUGCCAUCCGUUCUCGUUGCUACUACAGACAUCCAGCAGUUUCUUCGAUGCCUCCAAAUCCACCCUUCGCAUUACUCAGACCCUCGACGCGACUUGCGGGGCCAACGCGUCUCAAUGCAAGCCCAUCAUGGACAAAUAUGCCACGGAAAUCCUUCUGGCCGACGCAUGCAAAGCAGACUACGAUAGCGACAAUCCCAUGGUGAUACAGGCUUACAAUGGCCUGGUUGCUUACUUGCCGUCAUACCAGGCAAGUUGCCUGCACGGCAAAGACGGAAACUACUGCUUUGCAAGUGCCGUCACCAACACAACGUCUCCUGGCGACGCGUACCCAUACUACCUGCCAGUUGGACAGGAACUUCCAGCUGGAUCACGGCCAACGUGCAAUUCAUGCCUCAAGUCAGCAAUGGGUGUGUUCGCAUCUUACAGCAACAACGCCUCGCAGCCCCUUGCAAAAACGUAUGCUUCGGCCGCACACCAAAUCUCAAUAGGGUGUGGCACUAAUUUCCUCGAUGUCACGGCUGCUCCCAUCAAAAGCGCCGCACCUACAACAAGCGUAUCACUUACGCCUACGAUCACACUCGUCCUAAUGUUUUUACUUUACUUUUUCCAGUGA